CAAGCCGCCAAAGUGGAGAGUGUGGUUGCACCAGGGGUUCCUUCUCGUUUCAGUGUAGGGGGAGGAGGUGGGGGUGCACCUCAGCACUGUCCCAAGUCUGUCGGCAACAGCGAGUUCCUGGGGAAAACCCCAGGUUCUAGCGUUCAGAGAUGGGUACCUUCUCGAAGCACUAGACGAGAUGCUAACUCCACCAGCGAUAAAGGGCAAAAUGAUGCAGUCUUCAGGAAAGUGAGAGGCAUACUUAAUAAGCUGACUCCUGAGAAGUUUGACAAACUAUGCCUGGAGCUCCUCAAUGUCGGUGUCGAUUCAAAGCUUGUCUUAAAAGGAAUCAUCUUGUUGAUUGUUGACAAAGCCCUUGAAGAGCCCAAAUAUAGCCAGUUAUAUGCUCAGCUAUGUCUACGCUUGGCAGAGGAUGCACCAAACUUUGAAGGUCCAUCGACAGAAAGUCAAGCAACACAAAAGCAGAAUACUACCUUCAGACGGCUUCUGAUUUCUAAGCUUCAAGAUGAGUUUGAGAACCGUGCCCAAAAUGUUGAAAAGUUUGAGAAACAGGACAGCCCACUGUCCUCUGAGGAGGAGGAGGAGCGUGCUGUUGCAAAAUUCAAGAUGCUGGGCAACAUCAAAUUUAUCGGUGAACUUGGCAAACUCAGCCUCAUCCACGAAUCUAUCCUUCAUAAGUGCAUCAAAACACUCUUGGAGAAGAAGAAGAGAGUCCAACUUAAGGAUAUGGGUGAAGAUUUGGAAUGCCUCUGUCAGAUAAUGAAAACAGUGGGACCUAAACUUGAUCAUGAGAAGGCUAAGUCUUUGAUAGAUCAGUACUUUGGCCGCAUGCGAUCCUUAACACACAACAAGGAACUGCCAGCCAGGAUUCGUUUCCUGCUGCAGAACACAGUGGAGCUGCGAGACAACAACUGGUUGCCUCGUAAGGCUUACACUGACAAUGGACCAAAGACGAUCAAGCAAGUUCGUCAGGAUGCAGUAAAGGACCUGGGUGUUUUUAUUCCCCCUCCAACCGAUGGAAUGAGGAACAACUUCUUCAUGGACGGCUCCUCCUUCCUGCCAACAAGGAUAAAGUUUGACAGGGAAACUGUUGGUGGGCUGGCUGACAUGUUUGGACAAAUGCCUGGAGGUGGCAUUGGCACGGGUCCAGGAGUCAUUCAGGACCACUAUUCCCCCACCAUGGGGCGUCACCGUACAAACCUCUUCAAUGGCCAUGCUGGAAACGGUAACGGUUCACACCAGCCUCAGUUUGAAGCAGGAAGCAAACCUUUCUUGAAACCCAACCAGGGGCAGAGUUUACUGGUUUUCAACCAUAAACAGAAUCACUCAGGGCAGAUGCAGUCAAAGGAUAUGGCUCCCCGAUUCAGCAAGAAAGGGAAACUCAAUGCUGAAGAGAUCAGUCUGAGGCCAGCACAGUCCUUCAUCUUGAAUAAGAAACAAGUGCCAAAGCUGCAGCCACAGGUGACUCUGAUUCCUCCAAGUGCCCAAGGUUCCUUCCUGGGACAGACUCCGCAGCUUGGCCUGAAGACCAGUCCUCCUCCAAUUCAGGAAAAACCUGCAAAGCCUACUAAAAAAGCUCCUCCUACAAAGGAGGAGUUAAGCAAAAUGACUGAGACACUAGUGGCAGACUACCUGAACAGCAAGGACAUCGAUGAGGCACUGAGCACUAUGAGGGAGAUGAAGGCUCCCAAGCACUUUUUGUCUGAGAUGCUGAACAAGAUCAUAGUUUAUUCCCUUGAUCGGUCUGAUGAGGAUAAGGAACAUGCAAGUGCUCUGAUCCAUGCGCUCUGCUCUGAGGGCCUUGUCACUGGUGAAAACCUGAUGCAGGCCUCUUUCAGUAUUCUGGACCAGUGUCCCAAGAUUGAGAAAGAAGUUCCACUGCUGAAGUCUUACCUGGCGCAGUUUGCAGCACGAGCGAUUAUUGCUGAUCUGGUCAACAUUGCAGAUUUGGCCCAUCAGCUGGAGAACGGUGCACAUUUCCCACUCUUCCUGCUCUGCCUGCAGCAGCUGGUCAAACUGAAGGGCCGUGAGUGGCUGGCCGACCUUUUCCAGCAGAGUAAAAUCAACAUGCAGAAGAUGCUACCUGAAAUUGACCAGAACAAGGACAGAAUGUUGGAGAUUUUGGAGGGCAAAGGCCUCAGCUUUUUGUUCCCACUGAUGAAACUGGAGAAGGAGCUGCUGAAGCAGAUCAGAGUAGACCCCUCUCCACAGUCAAUCUACAAAUGGAUCAAGGACAACAUCUCUCCUAAACUCCACACUGACAAAGGCUUUGUCAACAUCCUCAUGACCAGCCUCUUACAGUACAUUUCUUAUGAGAUCAACCCUGGUGAUGAUGAAGAGCAACUUUCAGCACCUAGUAAGGAGCAGCUGGAUGAGGAGAAGCAGCAGCUGCUGUCUUUCAAGCCGGUGAUGCAAAAGUUCCUACACGAGCACAUUGACCUGCAAGUCAGUGUGCUGUAUGCCCUGCAGGUCCACUGCAGUGCCAAGGGUUUCCCCAAAGGCAUGCUACUGCGUUACUUUGUGAACUUGUAUGACAUGGAAAUCAUUGAAGAAGAAGCCUUUCUUUCAUGGAAAGAAGAUGUCACUGAGGAGUAUCCAGGGAAGGGAAAAGCAUUAUUUCAGGUGAACCAGUGGCUGACCUGGUUGGAGACUGCUGAAAACGAGGAGUCUGAGGAUGAAGAUUAUUAAGGAACCGCUCAAAGCCAUGUGUUAUCAGGGUGCAACAAGUGAUUUUUUUUUUCUCUCCCCCCCCCUCUUCUGGUUUAUAUUUUUCAGCAACUGUUAGUUUUGUCUUGCAGCAAAUAUUUUAUAUAUUUCAACACAAUAUUUAACAGUAGGCAGGAAAAGAAACCAAAACCUGACAAAUUUUAUCACCUUAUUACAUCUGGUAGGAGUCACCAAGAACUGCCAUAAUGAUUUACUGAAAACAGUUUACAAAAGACAGAAGUUCUAAGGUUUCAAAGAGACUAAUAAAUGCAGAUAGAACAAGUAUAAUCAUUUUUAGAUGCACUUUGCUUAACAUCAUGAGACGUUGCAAUAGUAAAAUACACUUUCUGUAAUUUGUUAAAAGAUUCCUGAGUUAGUGGUCAUCUGCUGCAGUGAAGCAGAGCUUUCUGUUUAAAAAUUCUUAACCUGGAUGUGAUAUUUAACAGCCUGCUGUUUUUUGCAAGUGAUUUCAGUUGCAUCUUAAGAAUCAAGAACUUUUUAUGUAUUAAACGGUUUGCUGUUAGAAAUUAAAUCUGUGGCCUUUGAUUUUUAAUUUAUCAGAUCAUAUGGAUAUACCUCUAAUGUAUCCCGGGCUAUACUUGAAUGCCUUUGUUGUAACAGACAGCCAAAGCUUAGUUUUCUGUGCUACAGUUGGUUCAUCACCAUGUAUGGUAGUUUUAAGUCUUUGCUGUAUUUGUAAAGUUUCUAAAUGGGGUUUUUUAAUCUUCAAGAAAUACUAGUGUACUGUGCGUAUACACUUGUACCUUUUUAUUGGAGUAUCACUGUAAUGUUGUGCAACUACAGACCUUGAAUAAAGUUGGUUCCUUUUGUUGUCCUGAA